AUGAUACUAUUGUUAGAAGGUGGUGAGUUGUACUUUUUUAUUUACGAUGCUUGUCUGUCUUGUUUUUUUUUUUAUAGCUUUCCUCCCUGGCUGCAGUGUGAUAACCCAACUCAUGAAAGCUCUUCAAGUGGUAACCAAGGUGUGGACGUAGGCAAUAAUCUGCCCCGCACAGACGAUCCAUUGUUAAUUCAUAACACUGAGCAUUCAUACCAGGAGCCGGGUAGUGAUCCCUCAGACUCCCAAACUAAUGAAGCUCUGGCUGUGGAUGUUGAAGAAGAUGUAGAAUCAUCACUGGAUUCAUCAGCUAAGCAAUCCUCACCAGAAGAUAUUAACAUAGGUGUUAAUACAGAAACAUCAAAUAAUACUACAUCUAGCUCACCACAGGUAAAUAACAUAGUUGUUAAUACAGAAACAUCAGAUACUACAUCUAGCUCACCACAGGUAAAUAACAUAGUUGUUAAUACAGAAACAUCAGAUACUACAUCUAGCUCACCACAGGUAAAUAACAUAGUUGUUAAUACAGAAACAUCAGAUACUACAUCUAGCUCACCACAGGUAAAUAACAUAGUUGUUAAUACAGAAACAUCAGAUACUACAUCUAGCUCACCACAGGUAAAUAACAUAGUUGUUAAUACAGAAACAUCAGAUACUACAUCUAGCUCACCACAGGUAAAUAACAUAGUUGUUAAUACAGAAACAUCAGAUACUACAUCUAGCUCACCACAGGUAAAUAACAUAGUUGUUAAUACAGAAACAUCAGAUACUACAUCUAGCUCACCACAGGUAAAUAACAUAGUUGUUAAUACAGAAACAUCAGAUACUACAUCUAGCUCACCACAGGUAAAUAACAUAGUUGUUAAUACAGAAACAUCAGAUACUACAUCUAGCUCACCACAGGUAAAUAACAUAGUUGUUAAUACAGAAACAUCAGAUACUACAUCUAGCUCACCACAGGUAAAUAACAUAGUUGUUAAUACAGAAACAUCAGAUACUACAUCUAGCUCACCACAGGUAAAUAACAUAGUUGUUAAUACAGAAACAUCAGAUACUACAUCUAGCUCACCACAG